AUGAACGCCGACACGGCGCCUCUCAGCUGGGAGUGGGGGAGUAAGCGAGGGCGACGCACCAUCUGCGGCUUCAACGUCGCGAGUGACUACCUGGGAGGUCUCGUCCUGCUUAUUGGUAUCCCCGCACUUGUCGUCGCGCAUCUUGCGGUUGUUGUGCUGUCGCCACUUUUCACUGCUUCCCACGACGGCAACACUCUUUUGCUGGAAGUGUUCCUGGAGCUGUUUCUCUGUAUAAGCGCCGUGGCGCUUCUUUUUCUUCUUCUCGUUGCCGAUCCCGGCUUUGUGGAGGUGCCCACGGCUCUAAGCUGCCGCUGCAGUCAUUGCGGCACUGAUGUAGACGACUUCGACCACCACUGUGGUGCCGUGGGGGCGUGCAUUGGGAAGGGUAACAUGUGCUACUUUAUUCUAUUUCUGCUGUUUGCCGCGCUUCUGUGUGUUCUUGGAGCGGUGCAGAAUGCCGCCUUUGUCGCAGCCACGGUGCGCGCGCACAUCCGUGAUACGGACCUCUCACGGACAUCCAUAGCAGCGCUCUUCAAAACCGUCUUCACGGAGCUCCGUUUGCCACGAAUCCUGUGCUUGCUUAUGCUGAGCCUGGCGGCUGUGAACGGGGGAGGGGUGUGCACCUUUCUCAGUCUCCGAUACACCUAUCUUGCUUACAAGGGGCUCAGCUCCGUGCGCCGGCGCAGACGGUUUGACGUUUCAGGCUCUCUCUCCAACGUUUUUGCGAACACCUUUCGCCCCGCCUUCUCACAUAACUUCAUGCGUCCGCAAUACCACGCCUUAGCGGAUAUGCUCGACUGA